CUAAAUAUUUCCAUGGAAUAGUAUCUGCUGCAAUAUUUAAUUUGUGUGUUUCAUUUUCCAUUCGAAAUGUCGAAGGCAAUUUUGGAAUCAUGAGGUAUAUUUUCCGUAGUGUUUGCUCUGCGUCGGUAAAUGAAGUGUGAGGCAUGUCGCGAUCACAGACUGUUAACGUAAUUGUUUUGUUUUAGGGAAAUUUUUAGAGGUUAUAGCAUAUAAGUAUUUAUGGUGGAUGUUGAGUUUAUAAAAUAGUGGUUAUGGGAAAGAGAUAUUAUUGCGAUUAUUGCGAUCGAUCAUUCAUUGAUGAUUUAGAGGCUAGGAAGAAACAUUUAAAUGGAUCAAUGCACAUGAGACUAAGAAAAGAACAUUACGAUUCCUUUAGGGACCCUCAAACGUUACUGGCCGAAGAAUCUGCAAAAGAACCCUGCAAAAGAUUUCUUCAUACCGGAGAAUGCGUUUUUGGCUCCAACUGCAGAUUUACCCAUUUUUCUCGUCAACAACUUCAGGAUCUUAAGCAGCAAAUUGAAGAAGCCGAGAGAGAACAAGAGAUGAAAACGCUGAAGAAUGGUAUCCCAGAAGGAGAUACAGCUAGCAUUUUGGCUUCUUGGCUUCAGCAUCGAACCCAGAGACAGCUUGCUGCACAACUCAAGCCUGAAAGUAAACAACUUUGGGAAUUACCACCUAGCUUACAAGUUCGACUUGACUUACCGCCAUCUCUGCAUCCAAUUACUGUAGAUAGCUUCACGGACGCAGAUUUUGAGGAGUGGGGCUGAAUUUUGGUUUUGUGUCACAUCCGUGUCGUACUCUUUUUCCUUACGUGUAUUUUCUGUGUCUCCCACCAUGUAUAUAUGUCUCCCCAAAGUUCCUCCACCUGAAUUUCUGUCUUCUCAAUGUAUUUCUGAGGUAUGUUUCAUAAUUUGUUCCCAUUUUGUUGUUCGGCUUCUGUUUGGGCAUGUCCCUUUCAGUUUUGUGUUCAGAACUUUUUUAUUUUAAGUACCAUGUGAAAAAAUAUAUGGGCAGUCAUUUUGUGAGUGUUAAGAAUAUUAACAUUGCCGGAGAAAACAGCCCAAAAGUUUUGCUUAAUAGGUGAUUUCUCACAUGUAAAAUACUGGGUAGUCUCUUGUAAGGAAAGUUGACUUUACUGUGAUCACAGUGCAGUCAGAAGCUUGUAGUUGCCAUUGAAUCUGGAGUAGACUGACUAUUGCUAGAAAACGAACCCCAAUCUCUUGCAGUCCUGCAAGUGUGUCUCUUGGCAGUACUCAUUCAUUAAUUAACUCAUUCCAUGUAGCAGAAUCCAUCUUGAGCAGCUAAUAACCACAGAUUGUAUUGAAGCUGCAGAACAAAUGAGUCGGUGGUGGGGAUGACAGUGCUCGAGACUUUCUCCCUUCUAUAUACAGUCCUUACUGGCCGGUGUCACCUAGCCCACAGCACUUGUCACUAGCUGGAGUUACCACACAUGCCGACAUUCCUGUGAACAGAAUCAUGACCAGAGGGCUGGAGGGGUAUAUGGGGAAAAAUGCUGAAGAGGGAUGUGUAAGAGCCCAGAGAAGAUAUGGAGGGUGUUUUUCAUGGAUCUUCAUUCCAUGUUCUCAGUGGAGUCAUGAAAAUUGCCACCUUUAAUGGAACAUGAAGGUUCAUUACCAAGUUCUCUAGAGCCCAUCACUGACCCCUAUCCUGAGCCGUACAAAUCCCAUAUCCAGUAUACAUCCUCCCAUCCUGUUUAUUAAGAUCCAUUUUAAUGUUGUCUAUCAGCUGGUCCCAAAAAUCUGUAUCCAUUUCUUACCUUUCCAUGCGUGCUACAUGACCUACCCAUUUCAUCCUUGAUUUGAUCACCCAAACAUCCGGCAAAGAGUACAAAUUAUAGUUCCUUAUUAUGUAAUAUUCUCCAGCUCCGUGUCAUUCAUCUGUCUUAGGUCCAAAUAGUUUCUUAAGCAUAUUGUUCUCAGACACACUUAGUCUGUGUGAGUGUUGAGGUUCCCAUGAGAGGACUGUUUGCUGGGGUGUGAUGCUGUGUAGCGGACUAUCAGUAUUUCCCAGAAUCCCAACGUUAAUCUUCCCUUCAUAUGAGAGAUGUAGGUUGGACACAGUACAACUCUUCUUUCAUUAGUGUUCUGAGCCAGAGAUCAGAUAGUGAAAAGUGUUUGGCCCAAACUGAUAAUUGUAUGCAGAUAUCAUCCCUCCUUCCUUCAUGUUGCAGAAUUCUUUAAUGUACAGAAAU